GAAGGACUACAAGCCCCAGAGGUACCCCGCGAGGAGCAUGCGCAGCAGCAGCUCACUCCCCUCGCGGAGGAUCUGGGACUGCAAAUGGCACGUUGCUCGUACGGGGGUCAGUGGAGGGGAGGAGAGAAAUGAACCUAGAGCGCCCGUCCGCUGUUUCGCGCCUGUAGUGGGAUGUUGCUCUCUUCGAAAGGUUUUUUUACUCUAGCUGGAAGCUGAAGAAUCCUUACACCGAAUCAGUGGUCUGGUCCAGCGGCUUUGGCCUUUGGAGCAUCAGAAGUACAAUGACUUGAUCAUGAGCCUAAUCAAACAAGUGAUAAACUUUUAAGGAUAAAGGCAUCGUCCUGUGAUAGACUUUCUGUUUUUAAGAGUACAUAUUGGGAAAAGGAGCUGUAUAUAACAGCAUCUUCAAUAUGCUGUUGCCAUCAACCAAAAUGCAGAAACCAUUUCAGCUGGUGUACAGGACAUAUUGGAUGCCUUAUCGCAGCUGUAUCUUUUCAUUCUUAAAAGGACAAGCCUCCUUGCUUAAUACUAGACAGAAAAUGGUUUCCUUGGCUUUGAGCUCCCAGCACCAGUGUCUACAUGCAUCUGCUGCUGUUUGUGUUUCCAACGAAAGGCAAUUCUUGGGCAUGGCAUCAUCCCAACUAGAAGACCAUCGCAGUAAAGGACUGGAAAGAGAAAUUCAUACCAAACCAUCUGGUAACUUAGCCCAGAAAGACUCUGUAGAACCAAAUUCUGUAGAGCUUGAUCCCUUACAAGACAAAUCUAUUAGCCUUGUGCAGAGAUUCAAGAGAACUUUUAAACAGUAUGGCAAAGUUCUGAUUCCAGUGCAUAUUUUGACUUCCAGCAUAUGGUUUGGAAUUUUUUACUAUGCAGCUUUAAAAGGAAUAAAUGUUGUUCCUUUCCUCGAAUUCAUAGGGUUGCCUGAAAGCAUUGUAAAUAUUCUAAAGCAUUCUCAGAGUGGUAAUGCGAUAACUGCCUAUGCAAUGUAUAAGAUUGCAACUCCGGCCAGAUACACAGUGACUUUAGGAGGGACAUCUAUCACUGUAAAGUACCUUCGUAAGCAAGGCUACAUGUCUACACCACCUCUAGUCAAGGACUACAUUCAGGAUCGAAUGGAAGAAACGAAAGAGCGACUAUCGGGGAAAAUGGAGGAAACCAGAGACAUGAUUAGUGGCAAAAUGGAAGAAACAAAAGAGAGGCUGACUGGGAAGAUGGAAGAAACAAAAGAUAGGAUAACAGAAAAGAUACAAGAAACAAAGGAUAAGGUUUCAUUUAUAAAAAAGAAAGAAUAGGAAAAUUGGCAGCAAAACCAAAGCAUUCGUAACUCUUCAGCAAAUGUGGAAUGUAUACACUUGCUGCUUUUUGUUUCUGCUUCUUUUAGGUGUUUUGGGCUGAUUAGAAAGUGCCAGUGAUAUGAAAACUAAAAUAAUAACAUCUCUAAGGCUCACACCCAACUUUAGAAAAUUAUUGCAAUAUUUUCAAGUGUUAGGAUUUGGGACCAUAGCUAGGUCCCAAAGUGGAGUUCUGUGGUCUGCCUAAUUAUGACCAACAGUCUUGUCUGGAUCUUUGUGGAGAAAGAACAAAUUUAGCUACACAUCUGAUUUGAGCUGACCUCUUUGUCACUGUUAAGUGUCUUGGAAACAAUGUAUGAGAAUGUUUGGGUCAUGUACACAAACGUAUUUUGGAGAUGGUGUCAAUAUUUGUAAAUCAUUUAAUCAUAAUAUUCUUAAAAGAUCAGGUAAUUAUAAAAAUAUAUUACUUCUAUAUUCUUAUUAUAAACAGUUUACUGAAUGGUGUGAGAGAGCGACUGUAAAAUGAUACUAAACUUAAUUGUAUAUUUAAAAUGCACAAUUGGAUUAGACUAAAAAUGUCAUGCCAUCAUUAAAAGUUUUUAAAAUGAAGAAGAUAAACCUACCUCUGAAUAGUCAUUUACAUUUUCAUCGUUAUGUAUAGAGUAAAGACUGAUAGAUGCUGCUGCCUUUUACAUUGAAGAAUCCUAGAAAAUUUCCACAAAACUUCAGCAUUACUAUACUGUUUAGUACUAUGGAGUAAUCUAAAAAUUACAGGUGUGAUUUCUAUGAUUCCCAUGUUGUUGUCAUUUUCUGUGGGUGGUAGUCAAUUUUUACUCAGAGUAGACCCAUUGAAAUUAAUGGCCCUGGCUUAGCCAUGUUCAUUGGUUUAAGUGGGUCAUCUCUGAGUAAAUCUUCAUUGAAUGCCAUCCAAAGAUACCUGUUCUAUCUGAAGCAUAACAUGGCAUUUCAGUUCUCCUGUGGUUUUGUUUUGUUUUUUUUAAGCGCUUAUAAGCUGAAAUAUAAAGGAGUACUGCAUUGGAGUGGGAGAUCCAGAAACUCAUGGUACACCCUUUCAACCUCCUUGUGUAUGUAUACCACUGCUUGUGCUGUGACUGGUGGCAAAAGGAGUCAGUGAUAGGAUUGCACCCAAAACAGCAAACGUAUUUUCCAAUCUGGUUACCUUUAAGCUAUAUGGAGGAGGAUAUGUAUUUGUCUGUCUAUUUCUAGACUUGCUUCUUUUAUUUCUGUCAAGUUACCAGAAAGCAUCUGUAGACUUAAGAUGCUGCGAGAUUGAUGGCAGUCAAGGAGGCAUCUGCAAAGUCCAUUGCCAAAAUGUGCUCUGACUACUUUUUCAUGCUACUGAUUUAGGGAAUUGUUUUCUUUAAUGCUUUCAAGUAUAAGAGGGAAGCACUUACCAACAAAAACCCUCUUGUGCAGAGCAAUUAAGACUUUUGAGAGUUACACUAUUACAGGGUGAGUCCUUUAAAAGAGGUCCCGUGGAUAGAGUACCCAUGUUCCAUGGGGCCUUUUUUAAAGGACUCACCGUGUAUAAGAGUUCAAAGACAGUAUUUGAACAAUGAUAUAAAUUGCUCCCCUCUUUACAUGGUCAGUUUUCGAUGGUGAGGCUGAACUUACUGCCACUUGUGUGUGUGUCCCAGAAUGAGUUUGUUGAAUCCAUCUUCCAAGUGCUCACCAUGCCUUUUUUCUUCCAAGGUGAUAUGCUUCCUUUGGUCCCAAUUGUACAGGAUGAGCACCACUCAACACUGCAUGUUCAUCCUGGCAUUACUGUAUUAGUUCAACUGAGCUAUCCAAAAUACCCCUGACAUGAAUUUUUCUCCUUUCUCUCAUCACAUGGAAGAUGAAUUGCCUUUGUCAUUCUGGCAGCUGGCAAGGAGGAUUUUCUAUGUAUAUCAGGAAGAAAAAUAUGUGAUAAAAUAGGUAGUUGUGUCCACCACCAGGUGUAAUGCUCUUAUAAGCAUGCUUUGUGAAUGGGACAGGAUGCACAAGAGAGAAGACAUUGGCAGUUGGCCCUUUGUCUUUCUUGUAUCUUUUAAUUGAGUGAAAGGAUUGUGGGAGAAAAUAGCUAUGGAUAAAAUAUUCAAAAAGGUGGAGGUCAACAUAGCAUGAACAUUUGCCACGCCAAUUUUAAAUUGCUUUAACUGCAGGUGUCAAACUGGGACCUCCCCUGUUGCAGAGAUUUGAAUCAGCAGCCAUUUUCACUCAGUUUCUUAGCAUAUGUCAUAAAGCUGAAAAUAAAAGCAACAUGAAAGCAAGGCACAUGGCCAGCAUCAGGAGGCGCGGGGAAGUGUGACCAUGGUUGUGCCCCCAUAUUUGGGUCAAAAAUGAGCCCUAAAAUAAGCAGCCCUAAUGUAAGUGAAUUCAAAGUGGGCACCUGCUUAUUAAUGGGAUAUGGUUUACCCGGACUUGUACCCUGGUAUGUAUUGGCUUGCUUUUUCCUGGAUAGAUGUGCGGAUCUUGCUAGAGGAAAGCCCCAAAGGUUGAUACUUAGAACAGCAUACUUCAGAAAGCAGCACUGAGGUCAUGAGGUCAUCACAACGUGCAAGGACAGCGUAGUCAAAAAUAAGAGCCAUGGCUGGAAGUGAAGUACCACCAUGGCCUUGACCCUUAAGCGCAAUAUUUUUUUUAUUUUUCCACAAAGAGCAUGUUGGAGAGUUAUGCUGUCGGAUGUCAAUUGCAUGGAUGUUAGCUUUCACCCUAGUACAGAGUUGGCCACUUUUACCUUUGCAUAUAUAAUACACAUAAAAUGGUACAGGGGGAAAUAGAGGACUGCAGCCUAGGAAUCUAUUUCUGAACAACUUUCCCUUGCUUGUCUCUGUACUUUUAAGGCAAGUUCAAAAGAAUAUAUUCUGGUUUAAUGUCAAGUCUAUUUAAAAUGAAACAAUUCCAUCCUCUUUCUUGAAAUAAAAUUUGUGUUUUGUUGUAGUGAUAACACCUAGGGCUUAAAAAUAGUAUUGGGGUGGGAUGUCAUGCUGGUAUAAAUGGAAGCAGUAUCUGCAUGCUGCUGCUGCUGUGCUUGAUCAUUCAUUUCAGUGUGACUUUCCCUGGCUCUCUGCGCCAGCCACACUGAAGGAAGAAGAUGGCAAAGCCACAAUAUUUGGUGAAAUGUUCUGUUUCAUCCACUACCCUAUUUAUUCCUUGACAAGUUUGCCUUUUUCUUAUAUCCACUGUAGAUGGAUCUUGCUGGAAUAAAUUUUGCAAAGUACCAUUAUUAAAGUACUCAUGGCACAUCAUUACUUGUCUGUGGGUUCUUCUUGUGUCACUGAGAGGAUCUGUAAGUUAUAACUCCCUUUUACCAUCCUCCAAUGCUUUAAACAUUGUGCUGUGAUAGAGAUAUAAGUUGUGUGUAGUGUGUGUUUCUGAAAAGCAAUUAUCUUUUAAAUGAUUUUUUUCCCCAUAACUUUUGUAUCCUUACUGUGGGAAUAAUUGUGCUGAAACUUUUGCUUGGAGUUUGCAGAGAUGUUAUUCUAAUUUUCCCUAAGUGCUAAUGAAAAACAAACUUUUGCUUGUGAAAUGGUUGUAAUAUUAAAUUGCAGCGCAACCAUUCUCCACUUGGUCCCUAAUAACUAGUUUGCUGUUACAAAUUUUCCUCUGAACUGUUUUCUUUACCACCGUAAUUAUCUUUGCGACUCCCAUCCUAAAGAGAAAACAGACAAAUGGAGAAAGCUCCACUGGACCCAAGCCAUUUGCUCUGCAAACACCUUGUGGCCUCAUGUAUUCUAUAUGAAUUACAUAAUUCAAUAUGGGGGGGGAAGAGAACUUGCUUUAUAGCAGGAGCACCAGACACCAUGGCUUUUCAUUCAUUCUUUGGUUUAAUUCAUUCAUUUGGUUUAAUUCAUUCAUUCUUCUGUUUUAAUAUUUCAGUUAAGCACAAAUCCAUAAUAUUUCCCUCCAAAUAACUGGUACUAAUUCCAACAAAUUUCUCCAGAAAAGUAUGGAUCAGACUGUGCUAUGUUAUCUUCUUAGCUGAAUCAAAACAUUCUGCAUAAAACAUAAUGUGAAGGCAUCUUUAGUGAAAUAAAUUUCUCAGCUGUUAGUGCCAGCAGUGAUUCAACUGAAGAGAGCAUUAUCAAGACUUGUUUUGUACAAAUAUAAUGGAAGUGUUCCCUGGCAUAUACCAAAGUGAUCAAUACAAGUUCAAUCAGCAGAGCAAUCCUAAGAUGGUAGGGGCUGAGCAAUCCUAAGGUGGUAGCAGACUUUCUGCAUGCACAGAGUAGGACACGUGCAGGAUCCAACAGUCCUUCAGCCAUCUUUUCUUAGAGCCUAGUCUUGUUCCUUUAAUUUCUUAAACAAAAUACUAUAAAUAAGUUACUUUUUAGAUGCACAAAAGUUUUUGUCACCAUUUUUAGAAUCAGUAUUAAAACAGCAUGAGACAUUUUGGUAUUUCAGCACUACUAGGAUGUCACGUUUCUGACAUAAUUGUUAUGAACAAAUAAGCUUUGUAACAGGAGGAUUUUACUUAGGUGGUUUCAGACUUUGGAAAUGGUCAGAUGUAAAGAUCUCUCUGUGGGCAAGUUUCCAUAAGUAUACUGGUCUGAGGCUUAAACAUCACAUGAUAGCAAUUGCAUAAAUGCUUCCUCUGCCAUUUUUAUAUGAUCAAGGGUUGCAUCUCUCAUGUUGUUUCAGCCUGAUGGAGAUCCAGUCAACUUUCUAUUACUGCACCUCGUGUGUGAAUUAGCAUUUUCAUAAAUACAGGCUAGUUUGGGUUUAAAAUCGAAGCUUCUGUGCUUUGCAAUACUGUACAACAUCUGCUUAGAACUGGAACCUGAACAAGGCCCACAAAGUCAAUAAUUUAUUCAUCCAUCACAGCUUGUCCAGGUCACUCCCUGUGUCCCUAGAGUACCUGGGAAUUCAACAGCCAUGCUUACUUGGCAUCUGAUUUUAUUUUAGCUUGGAAGCUACAUCUCAUGAACUUGCUGCUUGUCUCGCUGAAACAAGAUGCUAGAUAAUGUGUGCACAGAAUCUGCAUGCAACAGACUCCCAGGUAACCUGAUUUCAUAUUGGCAUAGCCUAUGUGUUUUUCCUCCUUUCUAUGACUUUUCUGUCAGGUUUGUUUAAUGUUCUGCUCUUCUGGUUAUGUGUGAUCCCUUCGGGGGGUUUGCUUAAUAAAAAUCAAGCUCUAUCCUUCUGCAUAAAUAGUUUACUGUCACCCAUAAUAAUAAUUACAGAAUCUUAAUUACCUCUAGCAAUUAUGUGGCUAGUCUGAUGAGGACAAUUCUGUAAGUAGAAAGAACACAUCUUGAUUGUAUAAGCCUGCAAGCAAGCCUGUAACAUUGAGUUUGUUUCCUAGCCUGAUUAAUUAAUCAGACAAUCACAGGCGACUCUGUGCAUUAAUAUAAACUUGGUUUGCUGUUUUUAAAGGGAAUUGUCAGCUUUUUGAAAAAAGAAAACAUACAGUAUAGUGGUAGAUUUUUAUUAAGGGGAUGUAUUUGGACACGCAAAUGUGACUAGAAUAAUAGAUAAUGGAGAACUUGUCCACCACAAUGUAAGUAAUGCACAAGGCAAUAAGCAACUAUUUUACUUUUAAAAGACAACUGAAGGCAGCCUUGUUUAGGGAAGUUUUUAAUGUCUGAUGCUGUAUUCUUUUUAAUAUUCAGUUGGAAGCCGCCCAGAGUGGCUGGGGAAACCCAGCCAGAUGGGAGGGGUAUAAAUAAUAAUUUUUUUUAAUUAUUAUUAUUAUUAUGCAAGGUACACAAAAGGAGAAGUCAACAGCUUUUCAUUACUGAUAACCAUUCUCUAAUGACUGUAGGAUUGACUAUAGCUAGGGUUAACAUUGAUUUAGUUGUGUGGGUGUGUCUUUUAAGGUGAUGUCUUGGUUAUAUCAAUUGCCAACAUUAACUGGUGGGUGCCCACAUUAGCAAUUCCUGCUUUCAUAUAUUAAGGUCUGCAGAGUAGAGGAUAUAGAUGAGAAAGAAUAACAAAUCCAUUAUACAUUCAAAAGGAUAGAAGGGCAAAUAUCAGUGGUGGACCAGAAGACAUUGUACAGAUACUAGAAUAGAUUUUAAUGGUGUUUAUCAACUACAUUUCCAUUUUAAAGAAUAAAUUUACAAGUAUUUACCAUUUUUAACCCAUCACAACUUAAAGUGGAAAUUGAUGGAGUACAUUAAUUUGACUUAGUAAAUUUGGAAUUGACUAGUGUUGUUGAUAACUCCGGUCACCAUUGGGACAACAUCCCAUCCCCAACCUCUCUUAUGCAGUCCAUAAAUUCUCAGACGUAUGAACAUCUUUUCACAUGGAACAUCUUGAGUUUCCAUGGAGGAACAGCUUCAUGACAUCCCUAGUUACAGAUGCCCCUUCCCUGCACGGAAAGGGCCCUAGAGCAUCAGCUUUACAUGCUGAAGGUUGCAGGUUCAGUCCCAGGCUUCUAUGGGUAGAGCUGAAACAUCGUCUCCUGGAGAGCCACUAAUAGUCGGACUAGACAACACUGAGGUUGCUAGAGGUGGUGGCGGCUACUAGCCAUGUUGGCUGUGCUCGAGGCAGUCAUGCUGAAAGCCAGUUGCUGGAAAGCAUGGGAAGGGAGAGUGCUUUUGUGCUCUGAUAUUACUUGUAGAUUCCCCACAGGCAUCUGGUUGGCCACAGUGAGAACAGGAUGCUGGACUAGAUGGCUCGAGCCAGCGGGCUCUUCCAUAUAUGUUAUGUAUCCUGUUAGGUGUUUGUUGGAAGAUCCUUUGAAUACCUUGCGCUCCUUUGUAAUCUGGUAAUGGGUUGAUGCUUUAGUCUAGGUGCUAGUGCAGGCAUCCCCAAACUUUGGCCCUCCAGAUGUUUUGGACUACAAUUCCCAUAAUCCCUGACUGGUCCUGUUAGCUAGGAAUUAUGGGAGUUGUAGGCCAAAACAUCUGGAGGGCCGCAGGUUGGGGAUGCUUGUGCUAGUGCUAUCUGAUAUUAGUUUAGCUAGCAAGGAGGCUGGAUAAUUUUUUGCCAUGUCAUCCACAUUUAGAAAUUCUCUCCCCAGAGCAUUUCAUUCCAUACAGUACUGACUUUCAGAAAAUUUGUGAACAAAUGAACCUUUUGUAUGGGUGUGCACUUGGAUAUUGAUCAUUGUCUUGCGAUAGAUCGUGGUGGUUUUUUAGUUUGUGGUGUUCUUCUAACAAUUAGACUGCUAUGGUUGUUGUAUGGUUUCUGGUUUUAUUGAUGUGUUUAACUGGCUGGUUUAUUGAUUGUUGUAAUGCCAUGUUUGCUGCCAUAAGGGCACAUUUUGGAGCCAUGUGUGGGCUAUAAAUCUCAAACAUGAAUAAAUAAAAAUAAAUCAGCCUGACCUUAAUUGCUAGCCUCAAGCAUAGGAACUUGUAGACGCCAGCAAUGAGACCUGCUCCAUAGACUGUAUCUUAAGGAAAGCACUAACAUCUAGAAGUGGGUAUCCCAUGACAAUGCAGUAAGGGGUGUAGAAAAGAAGGUGCAAGUAGAACACCAUGCUCAAGUGCAUCAUGCUUUUGAGGACUUAGCAGAUUUGAAGCCUUGUUGCUGCUGCUCCUACAAUGUGCAUCAGCCAGAGCAUUAAAGCUGCCACAAUAAGUGAGGUUUAUUUUCCAAUUGGUAAAUGGACUGCAGUAAGAUUUUGACUUUAAAAAGAGCACAUAUCCCAGUUGGCAACCCAGUUGGCAACUAAAGGGCUUGAUUUUAAAAAUUAUGUAAUCCCAUUCAUGCCAAUGAGCUCAAAUCACAUUAAAUCCAAAUCCCCUGCCUUAACUGAAGUGUCGAUUGGUCCUAGCUACUUCAGUGACAAUUAAAUAGCCUUAAAUCUGAGUACUUUGAUUUAAUUAGGUUGGGAAUCCUAUGAGAGACACUUAUUCUGCUGGACUUAUUUUCUGGUUCUCAAAUAAAGAGAACAACAGAAUGACCAUUCCCUUGGACACUUUGAGGAUGACUUUAUUCCUUAAGACUUUUGGAAUCACAUUGUUAUCCAUGCUGAGCAGUGGCGCAGUGUGCCCUGAUCCUCAGUCUGUGAAGCAUUUCAAUCCUGGGAAUGUCACAUUUACCAUGAAUGGAUAGGGGAAGGGUGUACACACACACACACACACAGCAGGGUGGGAGAAAGAAUCUUUUCCGCAGUGAGAAGAAUAAAACUGGUUUCUUUUUCUCUUUUUUCCUUGCUAAGAGAUUCCUGCUGUGUAGGGUUAAAUGUAGGUCAAGCUGUCUGAGCUUGUGUCUGCGAUCUGCAGCACACUCAACACUACAUUAAAUUGGGAUUUUCCACUUACUCAACUGUCAAUCUCCGUAAUAUCGGUAAAAGUUAAAUUAAUCAGGAGUGAGCAGGACCUGGCUCUCAAGGGGGCUUCUUGAGCUCCGGGGUGAUGCUUAGGCUUGUUGCAGGGAGGGGGAAAGAUAUGGUUUCUGUCACUAAGAUAUUGCUGUGUCCUGGCUGUUUGCCUAGAAGCUUCAGAAUCUCAGAGAGAAAGAAAUAAUGUGCCGCUGUUAACACAGAUCAGCAGAGCUGUUGGGUUUUUCUUUCUAAGCACUAAUGCCACACAAUUUGAAUUAGAGGCCCACAAAAAAAUGCCAAUUUGCGUUCUCUUGGAUAAAUCAGGUUGCACUGCUUUCCUACAUUUGCUCCUUGUCCUGUAGUGUUGACAUCUCUAAAGACAAUAAUGCAAGAACCUACCUUAUGCAGAAUUAAAACCAUUGGUCCAUCUACUUCAGUAUUGCUAUUCUCUUUAUUCCCAAAACAGCUUAUUUAACAAGCCCAAUGGAAAACUGAGCUGGGGAAGGUGAUUCACCCCUGACAAGUAAUUAUACCUCUAUUCAUCAUUCCUCUUCUAUUCCUUUGCACAAGGGCCCUGAAAAGCAUCUGGGAACACCCUGAUGUAUUAUGAGGCUUCCUCUGCUCCUUUGCAACUGACAACAGCUCAGAACAUGACUUUUCUUAUGUCACCACGUCAGAUAUCCUAUUUAGGUUUGCGGAGAGCUUUUAAAGCAGCCUAGCAUAAGACUAGAUUUGCUUUCCAUUAGACUGUGGGCUGCUGCUGUUGUUUGCAGGGUUGGUAUAUUUCAGAGGAAAUUACCCUGAUAUGUGGACCCGCAGAGUAAGGUUGAUUUUGAGGUAUGAGGGUUUCUUAGAGGUACUGAGUGUAGCUCAGCUCAAUCCACUCCCCUGCCAAAUAUACUCUCUCCCUCUGGUAAUAAGCUGCAUUUUUGUAUAACAUGCUAUGAAGAUGAGUUCAAUGUCAUAUAGAAAACAUUGUGCCAAUCUGUGGAUUAAACUGUGCUGGAAAUAUCCCCUUCCCUCUUCCCAUCUGAAAGUGGGAGAGGUUCAAAGAGCCAGUGUGGGAUACUGGUUAGUGUGUUGGGAGACAAAAAUCAGCCAUGAAGCUCACUGGGGUCUGUCUGUCGCUUAGCCCAAGCUCCAUCACAGAGUUUUGAGGAUAAAAUGGGAGAGUGAGGAUGCCAUGUAUGCCACCUUGAGUUCCUUGGAGGAAAGGAUGGGAUAUAAAUGUAUUAAGUAAAAAGUCUAUGCUGAAGUUAUAGAAAGAUUUAGGUAUGUAAGAUUGUAUACUCUGGAAUAUAAUACAGAUGAGUUAAUAAUAAAGCCAGUGUGGUGUAGUGGUUAAGAGCGGUAGACUCGUAAUCUGGGGAACCGGGUUCGUGUCUCUGCUCCUCCACAUGCAGCUGCUGGGUGACCUUGGGCUAGUCAUACUUAUUGUAAGUCUCUCAGCCCCACUCACCUCACAGUGUUUGUUGUGGGGGAGGAAGGGAAAAGGAUAUGGUUAGCCGCUUUGAGACUCCUUUGGGUAGUGAUAAAGCGGGAUAUCAAGUCCAAACUCUUCUUCUUCUUCAGAUGCACUAUACAGUGGUACCUUGGUUUACAAACUUAAUCAGUUUUGGAAGUCCAUUCUUAAACCUAAACCAAGGCCUGCUUUCCCUAAUGAGGCCUCCCGCCGCCGGUGCCCUUCCACCAUUCAGCUUCCAUUCUUAGACCAAGGAAAAGUUCACAAACCAGGACACUACUUCCGGUUUUGCGGAGUUCGUAAAUUGAAUAGUUUGUAAACAACCGAGGUACCACUGUAUCCCCAUUGCUGGCGAAGACCAAUUGGGCUAACUUAAACUAAUAACCAUACUCUUUGGAUUUAUAAAGCAGCAAGAGCAUCAAACAAAAUAAAAACAUGUCCUGGCCUCUUGAGGGAGUGUAAAUGAGGUCAUUUCAGGAGAUGAUACCGGAAGCAGGGUUUCUUUUUAACUGCACAUUUUAAUUAGAACUCAAAGCACAGCAGAUCAAAAAAAUGUGAUCAUGAAAAAGCCUAAUUAAUUUUUUGUCUAAGCAGCAAAGUCUCAGAAAGAGAGCAUUAGCUAGAAAAAGGAUUAUUAUUAUUAAAAAAUGAUUGUAUUUAAUGAGCAUCAAUACGUUUGGGAGGCUGAAAGUGAACCUGAACAUUCUAUCACAUAAUAGACAAAUAUUGGAUUCAACUUCCAGCAGGAAACCACCUAUGGAGAUGAGAGUGACCCUGUCUAUAGCUGGUUGACAGGCAAUGAUUUCAGGAGGCACAAUCAAAUGGGAGCCAUAUUUUCAAACAAAUACAAUUACAAUCAAAAGCAGAUUAGGGGAAAGAUCAAAGCAGUCUCAGAAAUGAAGUUGUGUACAUUUGACUGGUGCAUUGGGGAUUUGGGACCAGGGUUAAAAAAAACAAACUUAGCUUUUCUUUAGUGGAAUCUAUAAAAUGAAGCUUUGGGGGACAGGGGGAAGAAAUCAAAUCUCUCAAAAAGUGUUGUUGGAAGAUACACCCAGAGGGUUCAGUAAAAAUAGGUUUGGAUUUAUUUAAUUUUUAUAGCAAAUAAAAAAAGUUAAGUUUAAAGCCAAUCGAGUCAUAUACGACUAAAUUGUCACACUAGCAGAAACCAGCAGAACUAGCACAGUUAGACACACACACACACCCCACCGAUCUGCUGUGGAGGUUGGAGAGAGGCCCCAAAACACCACACAGUGUGGGAGGGGAGGGAGAUUAUGCUGUUGGAACAAGCAGGUUAUUGCCUGAGGAAACACUCUUCUUAGUGCUACUCUAUGUUUUUUCCAAUCAGCCUAUCUGGGCAUGCCCUGAUAUUAACCCAUUUUGUUGUAGUUUUUGCUACUGUUUGACAGUUUUCACAGGCUCCUCCCCCCAACAUACAUGAACUCAAUAUGAGCUAUAGCAGGAAGCAAAUUCACACUGCAUCCAAAACACAUUUACACCUAGGACUUUCCCCAAAGAAUCCUGAGACCUGAAGUUUUCCUCUCAUAGAGCUACACAGAUCUCAGCACACUUAACGAAACUUCCCAGGAUUCUUUGGGGGGUGCCAUGGGUUUUAAAUGUAUGUUGCAUUUCCAGGUUAUGUUCAAGCAUCUGUAACUGUUAGGCUUCCCACCUCCACCCCCUCAUUUAGAGCAUCAUCUGAGAAAAGAAAAAACUGAACAAGAGACCAAUUAACAUCUUGAUUUUUAAUAGCUUUGUUCUGUGGUUUGACCACAGCUCCUUAAGAACAAGCAUAAAAUCUGUAUUUAAAACUAACAACAGCACUUAGAGCAACAUUUUCCUUUAAAAGUAUUGCAAUAACAGACCUUAGGUCUAAAAACUAGAACAUCACCAUUUGCUCAGUUAAAAGAAGGCAGGUACACAACUGCUGAAAUCUUUUUCUGCAUAUAACUGGAAGUUACAUUAGAAAUUAAGCAGGAAAUUGAGGUUAAAGGGAACAACAGAAGCUUAAAGCAAGUUAAGAUUCCUUGUAGUUUCACAUGAACCACUACCAAGAGGUUUGAAUAAAAACCACAUUUAUAUUUCCCCACCAGAUACCUUAAAAAAAGUUUAAAUGAAAGACUAAAUAUUGUAGAUAGUGCUGUUUUUUAUUUGUAUUUUUGGAAUAACUUGAAAGAAAAUGCACACACACAAACAACCGAGGCAGACAUAAGAGCAGGACAUGUGACCCAGUUUGGAAAGCAACAAAUCAUAUGCACCUUAUUGUGUAACACAGAUUAUAGGCUGGAAUAUUAACACUAAAACAAUAAUAAAAUGUACUGAAAGCAGGCAUGAAUGCAGCGGUAAAUUCAGUAUCUAAUAGCCAAGUUAGUGUGCAAACCAUAGAAACAUUAUUUGCUAUUUGACAAGCUACUUGAAGACCACGUUCUCUGGUAAUGUGUAAAUUGCUUUAGUACUGCACGUGAAGAAAAUGGUUACUCUGAUAAAGUCUGUUUUAAUUUUUGCAGUCUUAACAACAUGCCUUUGAACUCUUGUUCCAGAGGGGAAGUGUUUGGUUGUAUGCAGGUUGUUUUGGAGUGGGGGUGGGGGGUAAAGUUUGAUUUAAAAUUAUAUAUAUCUAGGAAGUGGGAAAGUCUGAACGGAGCUCCAGGUCUACUUGACAGGUUUUUAUCAUCUCUUUCCUCACUGCAGAUUCAAAGCAGAUUGGUUCUUUUUAAAGAGAAGGGUUUUGGAGGGUUUGUUUGUUUUUUUGGUCCAAUGGGUAUAAAACAUUUUGUUAUUGCAAUUUUCAACCUGCAUGCUAGAUACCACCCUGCACACAGUUCACUAACAUGCAAGGUUUCAUCUACUCUGGAGAACAUCACAAUAACGCAGAGCGAGCAAGGAAAUGGUCAGCACAACCAAAGUUUUAAAGGUUAGCACUCCAUCUCCCAACCAAAUGAACAAACAAUAUUUAAACCGUGCACACAAGUUUUUGGGAGGCUACUUAAAAAUAUCUAGUGUGGGUGUGGAGGUGGAAGAACAGAACAGAUGGCAAAAAUAUGAAAGCGCCACAAACACCAUAGUACUUGAGGACGGGGAUAGCAGAUAGUAUCCUGGUACAGGAUAGAAGUAUAUGUUUCCUAGGAGGAUAUCAACAAGCAAAAUUGCAGGCCUGGUACAGAAGUAAGGAUGUGCUAGUAAGAGCUUAGCAAAGAACACAUUUCUGAACUCAUUUGGCCUUGUUGACCUCCUCUGUGAAAGACAAUGCAGAUUGCUCCUCAGAUUAGGAUCAGUCCCUCUGGCAAUGACCUAGAUAAUGAUUGCUGACAAGGGCACCCAAACAAACAAAAAACUUUUUAAGCACAGCCUUUGAAAGCCACAAUGUCUCCUGAGAACACAGCCACCAGGGGGACUUCUCUUCAUUCCCAUAGGUUAAGUCAACAAAGGUGUGGUCAGCAUCAAUUUAUCAAUUUGUGGUCCAGCUUUGCUGGGAGUGGGCUAGAAGAGACCGACUAGGAUAGUUCUAGGAUAGUUUUAACCUGAAAGGCAUCCGCAUCAUCACCAUGUCACUCAAGAUGAGGAAAACAGACUUGUUAGUCAGAGGAACUAAUUUCACACUCUUGAUUAACAAGGUCAUUCUGAACCUGAACCAACAAGGAUAUUGAAAAGUUCCUUUUUAAAAAAGAAUAAUAAUUACAAGAUUCUGCUGUCUUCAACACUAAAAACCUGCCUUAGUUUUUUCUGAGGUAUUUGCUUUGCCUAAUAAGCCUAAGCUCCAGAAGCUGGAUACAGUGCAGACAGAUGGUGAACUUGUACUGCCAAGGCAACCUUGCUGAGCACAGCACCUGCCACACCAAACAAUAUUUUCCUUGUUCUCAUCAAGGGUCUAAGACCUGUCUCAUUAUCCAAAUUAAAAACAAAGUCGCAAAAGGGGGAAAAAUUGCAAUAGACCCUUUCAUAAGAAAAGAAACAAAAAAUCCAUUGGCCAGAAAAAGAGGUGGUCUUGCAAGAAAAGUAGCUUGCAUCCUUCAAAAGUCACCAUAACAUCAAGCAUUCCCAAGUUCAGCCUGCAAUGGACAACCAGAACCUUUUAAAAUCUUGUCUCACUCACACACACACACGAUGGACAAGUUGGGAAGACACAUCAAGAUGGCAGUGCUUGUGUUCACUAAAAUGAAAAGUGCAUGAAAGUUUGUGGAGUGGAAAACCUGCAAAAUUCUGAUACUUUUGUGGGAGGGUAGCAGCAGUAUGUUAUUCCUUGUAUCACUUGGAUUAUAAGGAUUGGAUACCAAGUCUGGUAUCACAGUGACCAGCACAUUACUACUGCAAAGGAAAGAUGUGCAGGGAACACCAAUUUGACCCCUUAAGAUCACUGCCUGGACCACACACCAAAUUUAAAAUGGCAUUUAAAAAAUAAAUCCUGCUCCUGUGAAACAAAAAUGCUAGUCCAUCUUACAUUUUGAAGGGUGGUUUGGAAUUAAGUUCCUACUUUAAUCAAAUCUUAUUUUAAAAUGUUGGCGUUUCAAAUAUAGGUGUUCUUAGGAUUCAGCCCAUCUCUAGGUUGAUAAGAGUCAUAAAUAACGAAAAGAAGCCAAUGGUCUAAUCUCAUAAUAAGUAAAGCAGCAAGGAAAAAUCAGCGGCUAGCUACAACGUUAAGUAUUUAUGCAUUUAAAAUGACACACGCAAACAACACUCACAAGUGACUCCUUACAGCAGAGAUGUAUCAAGCAACCGGUUAUCAUCAACAGGCUAAUAAUCAAAAGUGGUUUGUUCAAACUUUGUUUUCCGUUAUAGUACUUUGAUAUUUCAUAAGAAAAUAAAAAUACAUGGGACUUCCCGUCUUUUGUAUGCAUUCUUUUGCAAAUUCUUACAAAAAGGACGAAGCACACAAGUAGGCAUUCACAAGUUCAAUGCCUUUUUGUGUUUAAACAGUUAUCUUCUAUACAUUAUGUUACAAUAUUAACAAUGGGUUUCGUUUCAUUUUGUUUUUCUACCCAUUGGGUAGGAUAUGUGCAUAAUAUAAUGUUAUAUACAGCACCCUUAAAAAUCAAAAUUGAAGAGACAGAUGACCAAGAAAAGCACCAUUUUCAGUGAGGCACAACAAAGCUGGGAGAAUAGGCUCGAUUCAAAGGAUCAUUCAAGUCACUGGGAAUCUUUCUACUGAAUUCAAUGGCCUUUGAGGUUUCGAGCCUAGAGAGUGCAAGGGGGUUGUUCCUGAACUUGAGGCACCUUAGUUGCUUAUGAACUAUAAUCGUGCACACCUCCAAAUGAUAUAUUUUAUACACACAUGUAUACAUUUAAGUCAUAUCCCUUUCGUAACGUAUGGGACAAACACUGACAAAAUAUUUAUUUAUUUGAAGGGCAAAGAGAUGGGGUGGGGAGGGAAAUGAAAAUGAGAUCCUAGCACAUACCAUGUUGUAUCCAAACAAAGAACCUGACAUACCAACUCUACUUAAAGCAGAAGCAGCAGCAAUGCUGCAAUAAAUAGCCUGAUCCUACACAGAAUUACGUGAAAUUAAACCCAUGCCCGUUUCAAUGGAACAGACUUCCACAAAUACAAAUGGACAACUCAACAGCCAUCACUGUCAACACACACGUUUGGUGGGACUGGAAUAAAAGAUUUUCCCCUAGCCCAAUGGACAGCUUUCUAGCAUUAAAAGGGAGUUAGAUAAUAAACUAUCAUUCAGUGUAUUGGAUUCCAAACCACCAAAGUUCAUGCAAGUUGGGGAAAAUAUUUGUGUUUGGUCUUGUUUAAGACAUGUUCAGUUCCAACUAGUCUCAGCACUCAAUUUGUUCUUCAGAACAGAAAGUAGCAAUAAAAGACAGUAUGAGAGCUUUCACCAAUAUAUUUGUAAUUCUAACAUUUGACACUGGUGGUUGUCAUCACUGUAAUAUUAUCAGGGGGGGGGGAAUAAACCAGGCAAAUGAAUCACCUAAAAAAGCAAAGCCACCUUUAAAAUUGGCAUUCAAAAGGCAAUUUAGCAUACACACCACUGACUUCAGCAGGAAUAUAUUCAAAUAAAGUAGUGAGUAAGCCUGUCUAUUACGGAAAGACAUUCAUAAGUGAAAUGGCUAGUUUGGCCACUACAAGUCAAUAAUUGGAUAAUCCAAUUACCUUCAGAGUGCUUUUAAGAGUAUGCACUCAGGUGCCAGGGAUGGAGGGUACAAUUCAGUGUAAAAAAUAAUAAUUCUUAUUUUGGCAAAAGAUUGGUGGUUCCUUUGUCAACAUAACUGAAGAAUGUCAUUGUCUUCUUAUACCUUGUCACACAAAACUCGCUUGUCUUAAGCCAUUGGGGUCAUCCAAAUUGCAAGCAUCAGUCUCCAUAUAGGGGCCUCUUUAUUUUUAAGGAGCACUUAAGGACAUAGUCCCCAAAGCCUAUCCAUCAAGGAAAAUGUAUAUGAAUGAGCCCUGUCUCUAGGAAGACUUGGAACAAGAACUAUUAAUUAGUUAAUUUAGGAGGGUAAUUCUCCCAUGGAGUUCUACAAAACAAGAAAAAAUAAGCCUUGCUUGAUGGCCUUAGCCAUAUAGAUUUUCAAAUCCAAUUCUAAGCACUACUACUAGUAGAAACUACCUGGCAGCCACAGACUUCCCCCAAGGAUCAUACCAGAGUACAAGAAGAAGAGAUGAAUGGGAGGAAAUUUUGCAUUCUUCCUAGCCAAAUCUAGGCAGAAACAUACACAAAGGUGCACAUACAGGUAGGGGGAGGAGGACUUUUGAGAAAGAAAAUCAUGGAUUUAAUAGGAUUUUUAGUAACAUUCGUUGACAAGCAAACAGUGAAAUAAAGGCAAAGAACAGAUUUUUUAAAAAAGAAAAACCUUUGCUCAUUUUUCUUUAGGAAGGUAAUGAUCAAAAUUAAAAAGCAAGCAUUGACCAAACUAAACCCAUACAAGGUAGUGCUUGUGUGGUGUUGCUGAUUCUGCUUCCAUAGGUUCAAAAGGAUGCUUUCCUACUUGCAUCAAUCCAAAAGUAGUCCUGGGCAGGACACUUGCCAAAGAAGAGAGAUCUUUGAUGGAAUGCAAGUUCUCACACAUACGCCUGGGUGGGGUGUGGGGUAGUAAGAAAUAUAAAAAGGUAAGGGACGCCAGUCAAAGGCGACUAUGGGGUGUGGCGUUCUUCUUGCUUUCAGGCCGAGGGAGCUGGCGUUUGUCCACGGACACCUUUCAGGGUCAUGUGGCCAGCAUGACUAAAUCGCUUCUGGCGCAACAGAACACCGUGACAGAAACCAGAGUGCAAGGAAACGGCAUUUACCUGCCCGCAGCAGCAGUGCCUAUUUAUCUAAUUGCUCUGGCGUGCUUUCAAACUGCCAGGUUGGCAGGAGCUGGGACAGAGCAAUGGGAGCUCACCACCAUCGAGCGGAUUCAAACCACUGACCUACCAACCAGGAAGCCCAAGAGACUCCGUAGUUUAGACCACAACUCCACUCGCAUCCCAGCAAGAAAUACAUAAACAUAUAAAAAGAAGAAAUAACUAGAAGUAAUCACCUGACCAAAUACUUGUUGCAUUCUCGUGACAAACACUUCUAACUUUUAACCAGCUCCUCUCAAAUUUGUAGCUCUAAGGGCAAAAAGGCUUAAUUAGUUGAUUUAUACCAUUCAAAAAGUCCAUACCAAAUCUCUGGAAUAGUACUGAAUAAUUUCCUAAAAUCUGAAUAGACAAGACAUUCAAUGUGUCUACGAAAGCAAAUAUAUCGAAAUGAUAUAUAGAAGUUUCAUUGGCUUCACUACAAUGCCCUCUGGAAGUUAUGUCAAGAUAACACGUUGAACAAUUUUGUGCAUUGCACAUCAUUUUAGAGACUUUUUUUUUUUACUGAGUUAAGAGUUCUAAUGUUUUCAAAGGGUUCCCUCACCACUACCACCUCCAGGCCUAUAAACCAAAGGUAGCAUUGCUUCACAACACUUUUUCUCCAAAUUAGAAAAGUGAUCUGGGUUUUUUCUUGGCCAAGGAGCAUGCAGUUAACUGAAUAGUAUGAUAUCUCUCGAACAUAUAAAACUGCAGGGGCAGUUUCUAGCAGUCAUGCUAUGGUGCAGCUUCAGUGGACUGAAGACUUACUGCAUCCUGAUGACACUGCCCGCCCGUUGAUUUAGCAUUAUCAUGCCAAAACAAGUGGCACCAAUCAGAAACAGUAUCUGUGUGUUGCACAUUACAAGUCACUGUUCUGGAAUGUGUCCACUGAGCUGAUACUCAAAGAUGCCAUUUUGAUUAGCAAGAAUAAAUUUGAAGACUGGUAAAGCUCCUGUGUGAUUUGCAUAUGUCAGUAUCACUCCAAACCCACAAAUCUAGAUGCAUCUUUAAAUGUUCUACAUACAAAGAACUCAUUCUACAAGGAAUGCCCCUAUUUCACAAACAUAUCCAAGCAGUAUUUUGUGUAAAGGAGUUGGAAGACAUAACAGAUGUUACUUAAUUUCAUGCCCAACACAGAACAAGUAGGAAUGAAGCCCUGAAAAUGUACAUGCAGUGCAAUGAAAUAAGUAGCUCCCAUUGGUACUCUCUUAUAACACUUAACUUUCACUUUUAAACUGCACAAUUGAAAGAGCCCUAAAACAACUUCUCAAUUUUAGGCUAAAUUAUCAUACCAUCUUAAGCCCCCCAGUUCACCAUUUUCACAAGUGGAGAACUUGUGAGCUAGUUCUGCGCUAGAAUUCUAGUUCUCAACAGGAAUUGCCACAUAAACCUUUUAUCAUUUCCUUCCUAGGAAGAGGCGUUUAUAACAUUUUAAAUAGUGAUCCCAUAUAUGCAGGCCUUUCACAAAAGUGUUGAAUAAAGUCUGUUAAUACUAAUACUGUUAAUACUCUCUCUACAGGAAAAAGGGAAGAUAACACUGCAAAUUCUGAAAGAACUAGAUUUGGAUACAAUUGAUUUUCAAAACCAAUCAACACCUAGAAGACUGCUGCAAAAUAGUUUAACUUGUACCAAACUAAAAGCAGUUUUAAGUGUUCCUUGAUUGUACAUGGUCUCAAGCCCUAGUUGAAAGAAGCUUGACAGGUGAAAAAUGAAGCUAUUUUUUUGCAUUAUUCUCCUGUAUAACAUCUGAUGUUCGGGGGACUGCCACACACUGUAACAGAAAGAUGACAAGGGAUAAUCCUCAAAGUUGGGUUUAAAUCCCCUCUUGCAUAUAGUCUACAAAAAAUGGAGCAGCCAGUUUUCACACGUCCCUUCUGUCAUAGGUUGGUUUGAGCAUUGUGUGUAUCUCUAUAAAGAGAAGGUGCUCCCUUUUGAAUGAUGCUAAACAUGGAAAGGUUUAGGACAUUCGUUUUGUGGCCUAAACACACUUUGCAUGUUUCAUAUUGCUAGCCUUUGGGGAGGAGCAGCCCUACCCCUAAACAGAGACAGCCACUUCAAGCAGCUGAUUUUGGAUGAAAUGAAAGGGCAACAAACUUGGUGUGCUUUGAAUGUUAAGGAGAGGGACUACCUCAGAUAUCAAAAUAAUCCUGACCAGCUUUUGCGAUUAUUUGCAGAGACUUGGGAGCAGGCCUCUGUAGCGCUUGUCUGAGGCCGGGGGUGGGAUUCUUGUUAGAAUGUAUAAACUCACAAACAGUAUAGGUCUAGCAGGCCGCUAGUGAGACCCCCCCCCCCCAACCAGCGUUGCCCUCAGAGGCCUGGGGCAAAUGUAUUUCCCCCCCCCCAAAAAAAAAAACUACAUGGGCCUGCUUGGAAGGGCACUUGUUUUCAGAUAUAGAGUUGAUAAUUUUCAAUUUAGAAAGGAUUUUUUAAAGUCAUCCCGCACCAAGUCAGGAUUUGUUUUGAUUGAAGAAAUUAUCUUGCAUUUUAAACAUAGCUAUCCACCCCUUGACAUCCAUUCCCACCUCAUUCAAGAAUAUCUGCCAAAAAAAGGAAUCCAGGCCACAUGUAGUCUUGCCCUGAAGCAAGUACAAAGGAUGCACAAAGCAGCACAUUAGAAUUUAUGCACUAGUCGGAGACGACUAAACAACUAAACAACAACAACAAGCACACCAGUAAUUCUUAUCCAGGAUGCUAAGCAAACUUUGUUCUCAUUAAUGAACCCGGGAUCAAAUUCAUUAUGUCAGGAAUGCCCUUGCAGGUGCGAAAAAGGACAGCAACAAAAGAGAAAUGUCUCAAUACUCACAGAUGCAGCAAAGGGAAAAGAUAGAAAGAACCCAACAGCCAGCCAAAUAGAGAUUGUCCCAGUCCCAGCUUAAUGUGGUUGGAGAUUAUGUAAGUGUAAAGGAGAAAGAUGUUUCAGCCUUGAUACUGCUUAGAGACAUAAAGAUGGGCCAUCUCAAGGGUAAGCAUCUGCUCAUGAAUAUGCAUAUAUCUUUAAGCCCUCACGCCAAAUGCAUGAACGAUGUAGAGCUUUCUGAAAUAAUAAAACCUUUGAAUAAACACAGGAAAUCGGAGAGCUCAGGAACUUGUGGCAGCCACCUAGAAAUAAUCCUAACCCUCUGCAGAUCAGUGCUUAAACUUAACACUAAACCAAAUCCAACAGCAUUACCUUUUAUGGAACACAUUCUUGGCAAAGCAGGGAGCAAAUUUGGAGUCCAGGUGGUCUACUGCCAACACCUACUUGCCCAUCGGUUGAUCCAAUAAGUUCCAGUUUGUCAGCUGACUUUCAAUUAACGACUGCUGAAAUGCAAAGACCUUAGAGGUUUGAAUAAAUUAUCAGAUCAUACAACAGGAGAAACGUUCUAUAGAUGCAAACACACACGUGUAAACUUUAAAUCCAAAUUAUAAAGGUAUGCCCCAUCUCUAACCAUUCAAUUCUGUAAUAAUUAAGUUCAGAAACGUCUCACUUGGAAAUCACAUUAGGCAGGAGCUGAAGAACAGCUGGUCAUUUAGUCUCACUGAACCGAGUCCAGUGGAUAUUAUUAAAUGGAUACUACUAAAUCACCUUAUAAGCUUAUCUCCCUUGAAAGGAACAGCAUUCACAAAAAGCAAGAACUCCAAGAUAGCCGACUUGUAGUGGCUGUUCACACAACUAAGCUAUCACGAGAUAUUUAGUUACCACGUGACAGACAGAGGUAUGCAAGUCAGCCCCGCUUACUUAGAUGAGAAAAAGAGCUUUUAAAUCAUGGCUACUUUAGGACUACGAGGAAGUGGGCUGUGGUCAGCUCACAAAAAGGUUCUGUGGUUUUAGAUUAUUAUCUAGACUGUCCCUCAAGCUUGUCAUCAAGUUCACAAGCCACCUUAGAUUAAUGAAAGCAUAUUUACAGAGAAAACAUCUAGAGCAAGAUAUACCACACAUGCUGAUUUGGCAUAAAAACUCUGCAUAGGUCAGAGACUCCGUUCGGCAAUCAGGUUUCAAUCUUACGUUCCUUUAGUUUGUGAAGUUCAACAGAAACCCAAACUUCAGCAAGCUGAGCAAGGACUACAGCCCAGGUCAUUACAAUAGUUGGUACACCUGUCAGCUGUUCGGGUUUGCAAAAUGGUGCCCUUAAUGACUAUAGAAAAGGGAGACUUCCAAGGGAAAUCUUCGCCAUGCAGCUAUAACUCUCAGGAAUAUCAAAAUUUAAGACGCUUUCUUUUAAGGUUCAUUUGUUAACUGCAUUUGAAGUGCCUGUUUGUGCUUUGUGUGUGCUUUGUGUUCACAACCAGUCCCCUUUGGAAUACCUUCCAAUUUCAUUUGCAACACAGGUAAUCAAUCACAGAAUGAAAUACAAAUUCACUGGGAUUCCUUAGGCUGCAUUUUUUUAAAAAAAAAAUUGUAAUAAUAUAUAUGUUACAGUUCUAAAGUUAUAUUCAAAAACGUGACACAGCAUGAUCCUAAUAACAAGUUUACACAACUGUUUGCACACUCGACAUAAACCAGUUCAGAUCAAUGCAUGAAGACAUGAUUAACCAAUUACAAAACUGAUUAACUCAGAUUCCCAAACAAUUCCCCGUAGCAUUCUAAUGGUGCAAGCUCGGCAAACAACCACUUUAGCAUUGUCAAACUAGCUGAAGAAAUGGUAGCUACUAAGGAAAGGGCCUACAGAGGUCUGAUCUAGCACACAAAAGAUAAUAGGAAAAUCACAACAAAAGUGCAAUUUAACAGCAAAAACUCAUAAUGUAUGUUUAAAUCAUUUAUUGUAGGAUGUCAGGCUAUGCAACUGAUUAUGGGCUCAAGUGAAGAUAAAAAUCUGCAGAAGCUUUAGGUAACAAGGAAACUGCAUUUUUUUAAGAGGGGGGGGACAAGCAAUAAGAUUUAGUAAUAAUCACACACAAAAAGGUAAAUGCAUCUGGCAUUUUUAUCUGCUUCUAGUUAAACAAAUGGCUUAUAGCAAAAACCACCUAAAGGAAACGCCUGCAAUUUCACAUUUGCUUUCUUCCACUCAUAAAUUUCUAAGACAACUUGCCAAUGUCCUAUUUGAAUGCAAAAAUUAUUGCAAAAGGUAACAUGUUAAGAUGUCUUUUGCUGUUUAUUUAUUUAUGGAAAAUGGUAAAAGAACUGAUUAAAUCCAAUUCCCCUUUCAAUGAUUAAUCAACAGAAGCCUAGACAAAUUUCUGAAGAGGGUUCCUAGGGGCUAAUCAUUAUUCCACAGGUGAAAAGACAACAUAUAGAAGAACUUCAUGUAAAACAGUUCUCAUAUAGUGCAAAUUUAAUACACUUGUAUCACAACACAAAUUAACUCCUCGUAUUCAUCUAGAUUUUCCCUAACUUUAUACCUUGGCACACAAAACAGAAAUGCUGAGUCAGAUAAAAAAUUCACACUUCUGGGAGGGCGGGGUAAGGAUAGCAAACUGGCCCAUUUUGCCCCCAUUUAACUAGUAACCCUUUCUUGACCUCUUCUUUUAGCCAUUCACUCAAUAUAAAACUGGCUGUGUAAGCCAUAUUUCUGUGCUAAGUUACCUCUUAUAAUUAAAUAAAUUCAAAUAGUUUAUUUAAAAUAAUAAUAAUAUAUCCCCCACCCACCCCAAAAUAGAAAAGAAAAUUAGAACACUGUUCAUGGCCAAACUGAAUGGAAGGUUGUGGUUGUUUCAAACCACUUUUCAUGCAAUUCCCCUGAAAGGAAUCAGAAACAACAGCUUUGCACGUUUGGUUUUACGAAACCGCAUCACAUGAAACUUAAAACAAUAUUGUGCACAGGGGCAUAUAAACUUCUAUAAUGCUCCUGCUUGAUUCUUCCAUCUCUCUUCAAGUGCAUAUGGAAAAGGAAACUAGACAAGGUUUCCUGGUUUCCUGUCUUUGCCUUUAAUUGGGACUAUUGUGCUCUCCGAAUUGUUCUGUUGAAACUGAAGUCUGCUCCCCCUAUGUGACGAAGGAGGUGCAUUGCUUUG